AUAGGUUCACAAUCAAAACAAUGUAAAGCACUCCUAUCAAGCUAUUCCUCUCUCCCCUUCAUACUCAGAAACAGAUCAACAAUGAAACUCUGAAAUGGAGGACACGAAGGCAAAAACCAUCGCCGCCUUUAUAAUCAUCACCCUCAUCAUCUCCUUAAUCAUCGCCCGAAUCUCCCUCGGCCUCUCCAACACUUUCUACCUCAUCACCGGAGCCAAUGGGGCCGCAAUCCUUGCCGUCAUCACGUUCUUCCUGCUCCGAAACCGGUACAACAACCGGAGAAGACUCGAAAACCAAAUGGUUUCUGAGCUCCGAACCGAAUACAGUUUCCUACGAAGAGUCGCCGGAGUUCCGACAAAGUUCCAGUACAGUGACAUCGAAGCGGCAACCGACGAGUUCAAGUAUUUGUUGGGGCGAGGAGCGUCUGGUUCGGUAUUCAAGGGGAUUCUGAGCGACGGGACGCCGGUUGCCGUGAAACGAAUCGAGGGGAGGCGUGAAAAGGAGUUUAGAUCCGAGGUGGCGGCCAUAGCUAGUGUCCAGCACGUGAACUUGGUCCGCCUCCUCGGAUAUUGUUGUGUCCCCACGGGCUCACGGUUUUUGAUUUACGAUUUCAUACCCAAUGGAUCGUUAGAUAAGUGGAUUUUUCCUCGUAGCGAGAAAGAAGAACUUUCCCCACGAGGGAAAAUCCGACAUAUUGGUGGGUGUUUGGAAUGGAGGUCAAGAGUUCAAGUUGCGGUUGACGUGGCGAAGGCUCUUUCUUACUUACACCACGAUUGUCGAUUGAGGAUUUUGCACUUUGAUGUCAAGCCUGAAAACAUUCUACUCGAUGAGAAUUACCGCGGCUUUGUCUCAGAUUUCGGACUAUCUAAGCUCAUGGGACUUGAUGAGAGCAGAGUUGUGACUAGGUUUCGUGGUACUAAAGGGUACUUAGCCCCAGAAUGGAUAUUACAACAAAGCGUUUCCGAAAAAUGUGAUGUGUUUAGCUAUGGAAUCGUGCUUCUGGAGAUGGUUGGCGGCACAAGAAGUAUAAUUUGCGAGGAGGAUAGUACCGACAAGUCGGAGAGAAAGUCCGAUCAGUACUUUCCGAAGAUUGUGAGCGAGAGAUUGAGAGAAGGGAGGGUGAUGGAAGUUGUGGACAAGAGGGUAGUGGAAAGCGGAGGCGUCGACGAGAGAGAGGUGAAGAGGUUGGUUUGUGUUGGAUUGUGGUGUAUACAAGAGCAGGCUAGCAUGAGGCCAAGUAUGGCUCAAGUGGUGGAAAUGCUGGAGGGACGCGCGGCGGUGGAGGAGCCACCGGAGACCGAAAUGAUGAUGGUUAAGUAUUUGUCACAUGAAAAGGAGAUACGUUCAGGUCACGAUAGCAUUGGGAUUGCUGCGUCGCCGGUGACUCAAGGGGAUAAUAGUAUUUGUUCUUUAUCGUCGUGCUCUAUUUACUUAUCAAUUUUGUCCGGUAGAUAAUAUGUGGCCUUAUAAAACAAAAGAACAUCCGAGAUGAUAUCUGAGCCAUGUGGUCCGUUUGGUAACUUUGAUUUUCCAUUGUUUUUGUACAUUAGGGUCAUCAUUCAUGUGUAUUAUUGUGCAGUACUUCAUGAUUAAA